CCCUCCCCAAACAACCAGACGGACAAUCGAGGCGUCAGUUAUUCUAUAUCGACCUGAGAGAGAGGAGUUAAGGUGUCGGAUAAGGUCUCCAACGGUCCUUCACCUCCCCAAAUCUCUGUCAGCGAUGGAGACUUGGGCUGGCUUCUGCCCAGGCUUGCACUUAUCUCUGGGUAUCUGGGUGAUGAUAGCCGCUCAUACCCUACAAAAUGCCAAGGCGGAGAUAACUUGCGCAUCUUGCACGUCGCCGGUUCAACUUCACCUGGAGGAAUUACAGCUGGGGAUGCGCACUGACCCGACACAGGAGCCGGACACCCUAAAAAACAUCCGAGUAGAGUUUAGGGAACUCGGGGUUACCGACCAAAACACUGGAGUGGACGACGGGCAUGAGGCAGGCGUUUCUGUCGAGGAUGUCCCCCAGUUCCCUCAAGAUGUCAAUUUGGAUGGAGUUAGCGCAAAGGAAGAUGCGCCAGGGUCCAGUGAAGAAAGUCACCGCGGCAGCGAUAAGGCAGGGGAGCCCGGGCAGGGUGAGGAUGCUGCGCUCCGGAGAGCGAAGAGAAGCGGUCCUGAGUUUGCCGACUUGAGCGAGACCGGGCGGACCGGCUUGGAUGCGGGCGCUCCGGGGGAUCGGGGCUCAUUGUUUGACGGACACAAGCUGGGCAGGUCUGAGUUCAGAUGGAACAGGGAUGAAGGGAGAGGGAAUAACCGGCAGGAUGAGCCCAAGCUCACCAGCAGCACUUUCUCCCUGACGGGGGACUCUGCGCAUAACCACGCGGUGGUCUACUGGUCAGGUCAAAACAGCAGCGUGAUCCUGAUUCUAACCAAGCUGUACGACUUUCAUAUUGGCAGCGUCACUGAGAGCACUCUUUGGAGAUCUACUGACUACGGCUCCACGUACGAGAGGAUGAAUGACAAAGUGGGAUCCAAGACCGUCCUGAGUUACCUUUACGUCUGCCCGACUAACAAGAGAAAGAUUAUGGUGUUGACAGAUCCGGAGUUUGAAAGCAGCGUGCUCAUCAGCUCUGAUGAGGGGGCCAGUUUCCAGAAGUACCGCCUCACUUUCUACGUCCUGAGCCUUUUAUUCCAUCCCACUGAAGAAGACUGGGCCUUAGCCUACAGUCACGACCAGAAGCUGUACAGCUCGGUGGACUUUGGAAGAAAAUGGCAGCUCGUCCAUGAACACGUCACGCCGAACAGAUUCUACUGGUCUGUCUCCGGCCUCGACAAGGAGCCAGAUCUGGUCCACAUGGAGGCUCACACACCAGAUGGAAAUGUGCAGUAUGUCACAUGCAGAGCUCAGAUGUGCACAGAGGUGAACAGGAACUACCCAUUCCCUGGGUACAUCGACAUCAGCUCACUGGUGGUUCAAGAUGACUACAUAUUCAUACAGGUUCCUACAUCAGGGCGAGCCACCUAUUAUGUGUCCUACAAGAGAGACUCGUUCAUACAGAUCAAGCUACCCAAAUAUUCCCUGCCAAAGGAUUUACACAUCGUCAGCACUGAUGAGAAGCAGGUAUUUGCCGCGGUGCAGGAGUGGAACCAGAAUGACACCUAUAACCUCUACUUGUCUGACACCAGAGGGAUCUACUUCACCUUGGCCAUGGAAAAUGUCAAGACCACUAGGGGCAUCGGAGGGAACCAGAUGCUGGACCUGUAUGAGGUGGCGGGAAUUAAAGGGAUGCUGAUUGCUAACAAGAGGCAAGACAACCAGGUCAAGACGUACAUGACCUACAAUAAAGGCCGGGACUGGAGGCUGCUGCAGGCUCCGGCUAAUGACCUGGAAGGAAACGACAUUCACUGCAUACUGCCUUUCUGCUCACUCCAUCUCCAGCUGCAAACGUCAGAGAACCCUUACUUGUCUGGAACAAUCUCCACCAAGAGCUCUGCACCAGGGAUCAUAGUCGCCACGGGAAAUAUUGGAGCAGAGCUGUCGUACAACAACGUUGGCAUGUACAUAUCAUCUGACGCUGGCAAUAGCUGGAGACAGAUUUUUGAAGAGGAGCAUAAUGUGUGGUUUCUGGAUAAAGGAGGGGCCCUCGUCGCUGUCAAACAGCCAUCUGUGCCAACCAGACACUUGUGGGUCAGCUUUGACGAGGGGAGGCAGUGGACCCAACACAGCUUCUCCUCAGUGCCCCUGUUCGUGGAUGGAGUCUUGGUGGAGGCCGGGGCUGAGAACCAAAUCAUGACCUUUUUUGGACACUUCAGCCACCGCUCUGAAUGGCAGCUCAUCAAGAUAGACUACAAGUCCAUCUUUAGCAGGAAGUGCACAGAGGAAGACUAUCAAACCUGGCACCUGCACAACCAGGGUGAGCCAUGCGUGAUGGGACAGAAACAGAUAUACAUGAAGCGCAGGCCUGGGAACUACUGCAUGCUGGGAAAAGACUAUUCGAGAAUCCUCUCAGCUGAGUCCUGUAUUUGUCGGGCUCAUGAUUUUGAAUGUGAUUAUGGAUAUGAGCGCCGCAGCGAUGGGAACUGCCGGCCUGCCUUCUGGUUCAACCCCUCCACCCUCUCCAGAAGCUGCAGCCAGGGUCAAAACUACCUCAACAGCACAGGGUACCGUAAAGUGGUGCUGAACAACUGCACUAAAGGAGUUAAAGAAAUGUACACGGCCAGAAAGCAGCAGUGCCCCAACAGACCUCCUAAAGGACUAUUGCUGACAACGAAAAACGGAAAACUCACCGCCAACCUGGGCAGCAACGUCACCUUCCUGGUGCAUCUAGAUGAGGGUGACUCUUUGCGCACCAACAUCCAGCUGGAUUUCGGCGAUGGGACGGCUGUUUCCUACUCCAACCUGAGCUGGACUGAGGAGGGGAUCAAACACCUUUACAAGUCUGCUGGAAUAUUCCGUGUCACAGCUCUGGCAGAGAACACGCUGGGUUACGACACCACAACACUCUUCCUGCAUGUCACAUGUCCAGUGGAGCAUGUCCAGCUUCUCGCUCCCUUCGUGGUCAUAAAGAACAAGGAGGUGAACAUCACAGCAGUGGUCUUACCCAGCCACUCACGUACUGUGACUUACUUCUGGUGGCUAGGCAACAAUACUGAGCCCGUGAUAACACUGGAUGGGAGUAUCUCACACACCUUCCCCACCGACGGCAUGCACACCAUCACAGUCCAAGUGGCUGCAUCCAACACCAUACUGCAAGAUACCAAGACCAUAGCAGUCAAAGAAUUCUUCAAAUCUCUACUUUUAUCUUUCUCCCCUAAUCUGGACGAGUUCAACCCUGACAUACCCGAGUGGAGACAGGAUGUGGGGAGAGUAAUUAAGAAGGCUCUGCUCCAAGUGUCUGACUUCCCGGAGGAGCAGCUCUUGGUCGCCGUGUUCCCAGGAGUUCCGACAGCUGCUGAGCUCUUCCUGUUACCUCACAAAAACCAGACGGAGGUCAAGAAAAAGAGUGAGGAGGAGCUAGAGCAGGUAUCUGAUAUAAUUGUAAGUGCGCUGAAUCAAAAUUUGGUGGAGUUCGAGCUCAAGCCGGGAGUAAGGGUGAUUGUGUACAACACACAGUUGACACUGGCACCCUUGGUGGACUCCAACCCCAGACACAGCAGCUCGGCUAUGCUGAUGCUGCUAUCAGUGGUGUUCCUGGGCCUAGCAGUGUUCCUCAUCUACAAAUUCAAGAGAAAAAUACCUUGGAUCAACAUAUAUGCUGAGGUGAACCAGGAGAAGGAGCAGGAGAUGAUUGGCUCAGUGGGCCCAGGCGACAGCACGCCUAAAAUCACUCUGAGUGAGUUCUCCACAUCCAAAGAACUCAUGGAGAAGGAACUGGAUGCCAGGGUCAAAAGUAACAUGGCUACUGUUGGAAAUGCCUGCGAGAGCACAAGGGAGAUUCCAAACUGUACUAGUGUGUAA